UUUAUUUUUUUCCCCAUCUCUCGCCUCCUGUCAGUGAGCCUCUAAAAAAAACCGCUUGCUGGCAGUUUUUUUUUAAGCAUCUUGAUGAUGGCGGAGGACAGUGAGUCCGCGGCCAGCCAGCAGAGCCUGGAGCUGGAUGACCAGGAUACGUGUGGGAUAGACGGAGACAACGAAGAGGAGAAUGAGCAUAUGCAGGGCAGUCCGGGGGGAGAGCUGGGGGCUAAGCGGAAGAAGAAGAAGCAGAAGAGGAAAAAAGAGAAGCCCAGCUCGGGCUCUGGAGCCAAAUCUGACUCUGCUUCUGACUCUCAGGAAAUCAAGAACCCUGGCUUGCCCAUUCAGAAGCUCCAGGACAUCCAAAGAGCCAUGGAACUGCUGUCCUGCCAGGGUCCAGCAAAGAGUAUCGACGAGGCAACCAAGCACAAAUACCAGUUCUGGGACACCCAGCCUGUCCCAAAGUUAAAUGAAGUUGUGACAAGCCACGGUCCAAUUGAAGCUGACAAAGAAAACAUCAGACAGGAGCCAUAUUCUUUACCUCAAGGCUUUAUGUGGGACACCUUGGAUCUUAGUAAUGCAGAUGUAUUGAAAGAGUUGUACACGUUGUUAAAUGAAAACUAUGUGGAGGAUGAUGACAACAUGUUCAGAUUUGAUUAUUCACCAAACUUUCUCAAAUGGGCUCUGCGUCCACCUGGUUGGUUACCGCAGUGGCACUGUGGAGUACGAGUGUCCUCAAAUAAGAAGCUUGUUGGAUUCAUCAGUGCCAUCCCUGCAGACAUACGCGUCUAUGACAUGACAAAGAAGAUGGUAGAAAUCAACUUCCUUUGUGUUCAUAAGAAGCUGCGUUCGAAGCGCGUUGCUCCUGUGCUGAUCCGAGAGAUAACACGGAGGGUGAACCUGGAGGGAAUAUUCCAGGCGGUGUACACGGCCGGAGUUGUGCUGCCUAAACCCGUGUCUACAUGCAGGUACUGGCAUCGUUCUUUGAACCCGAGGAAACUCGUGGAAGUGAAAUUUUCCCAUCUUAGCAGAAACAUGACGUUGCAAAGAACCAUGAAGCUCUACAGGCUACCAGAUAGCACGAAGACUCGAGGCCUACGGCUGAUGGAGAGACGUGACCUCCACCAGGUCACUGAGCUGCUGCAGAAAUACCUGAGACGUUUCCACCUCGCACCGUCCAUGGGAGAAGAAGAGGUUGCUCACUGGUUCCUACCACAGGAAAACAUAAUUGACACUUAUGUUGUAGAGGUCUGUACAUUUACUUCCUGUCCUCAAGUUAGCAACUCGUUUUGUUGUUUUUCUUAUAAAAAGACGUGCUUUCCUCUCUUUCAGACUGCAGGUGGCGUACUGACAGACUUUACUAGUUUCUACACUUUACCCUCAACUGUGAUGCAUCACCCUCUACAUAGGAGCCUGAAGGCAGCUUACUCAUUCUACUGCGUUCAUACUGUAACUCCACUACUGGAUUUAAUGAAUGAUGCACUGAUCCUGGCAAAAAUGAAAGGUUUUGACGUUUUCAAUGCCUUGGAUCUGAUGGAGAAUAAGGUGUUUCUGGAGAAGCUGAAGUUCGGCAUAGGAGAUGGAAAUCUGCAGUAUUACCUCUACAAUUGGAAAUGUCCCCCUAUGGACCCUGAUAAGGUCGGUCUCGUCCUUCAGUAGCGGCACGUUUCACAGCUGCUCCACAAACGAGCGUCGUUAACUUCAGCUUCUGGAUUCUCCUCACUUGGACCUGCGGGUCGCCCGAGCUCAACAGUGACAUCUACCACAAGUCAACCAACCUCGUGACCGGGCGAUGGUCUCAUUAAGAACUCCUGCAGUCCGCCCGGAGGUGAAAACUCUUCAAUCAUCAUCCUGAAUGUGAAGUCAUGCUAUGCCUGAGAUAUCCUUACAGUUACAGUGCUGUUGACAUGCGCUCCCGCUCCUAAAACACGACACUCGGACGUUCCAGAGGAUGCCUUGGCAUUGUGAAUUUUGUUUCUAUUUCCUCAUUCUCUACAGACAUUGUCAGCAGGGGGCUGGUAUGAAAUACCUGUUCAUAUACCUUUGUAAAUGAUGAUCAACGAGGCAGUUACGUUUUUACAUGUUCAUCCUCUCCAGUCCGCCAUCAAUGCCGCUGCGCCAUGUAUCGUUUCCCUCCGUUUUCAUAUCACUGUGGUCAUUAUGUGGCUGUUUUAGGCCUACGUAGGAUUAGAAGCUGUAAGAAAGUGUUCCAGACUCCUACCGAAACGCUUUUUCUUCAGUAAAAUAUCUGUAACAAAGGAAAUCUCGUACAAGACAACACAAGAACUGCAACAUGUAGUUUACAUUAAAAACAAAACCACAUUUAUUCCUGUAGUUUGAGUUGUAGGUUUGUGAGGGCUGAUCUAUAACCUUCUUCUUCUUCUUCUUCUUGAGUUGUGUAGAAGUCGGUGGCUUUUUAAUGACGAAUGUACAGCAUCGAAGAAGCACAAUUUUACAAACAAGUCAAAUGGUUCUCUUACAAAAUCUUAAACGUUUGGUUUUGACAAAUGGGGGGAACUGUUUUACGUUACAAAGCUGACGUUUUGUAAUUUAACAUUAAACCCAUACAUGUGGUAGUAUUUACUGUUGCACUCCAUCUUUGUUGUUUUUGGUACACUUUCCAGUUAGCGAGAGCUCUAAAAAAAGGCAAUAUAUAUGUCAAAACAUUUAAAGCCAACCAUUGGACUGGAUGAACCUGGGUUAUAAAUUGAAAUGUUAAUUAAUCAAAAAAUCUGAGGAAACAUUUGAUACAUUUCUGUAAGUUCAUCACACACUUUUCUUGGCUUUCUGAAAUCUUGUUUUUUCUUUUUCUCUCAGACAUUAAAAUAUAUAGUGGGUCAUUUUGUUUUAGUGUGAUGUGCAGCUAACUGUAUAGAAGUUGUGAUAUUUGUUAAUGUAAAACGUCAACUUCAAUUCUCCCUUCACUCAUACUUUUUUUAGGGUAUUUACCUGUUCUGUGUGCUUCAAUGAGCAAAGGUUUUGACCAACCACUUGAUCUAAGGAGGAGUCUGGUUUUUUUUACAUUCUUUUUGGUGGUUUAAUGUUUGUGACUCUGCAAAAUGUAAGACAAACAGGCAACAUCUGCUUUUCUUCUUCUUAUUAUUAUUAUUAUUAUUCUAUUUUUAAAAGCUCAUUUUGUAUUUAUGAUUUUCUCACAUUCCACAAAGAUUGGCCAGAACGGGACAAAGCAUUGGUCAGUAAAAGCUCUGAGUCCGACUCACAAAGAGAUGCAUUAAUUUAACUCUGAAAACCGGUUUCCCCAUCAACGGCGUGCCUCGUGUUGCCCGCAGCGGCUCAGAUGAACCGUCCGUCGGUUCUGCUCCCAUCUUGACUCCAGCAUUGAUGGUUUACAGCCACAAACUUCAGUAGCUGAGACAACCGCCUUGUUUUUUGUUUUUUUUUCCUUUUUAGGAGAUCUGCAAGGUCGGGCGAUGAGUGUGUCUCUGAAUUAACAUCCAGUCAAAUUGAAGAACAAUGUUUUUAAUCUAGAACCAUUGUAAACUGUGAAAAAGCUGAAGAACCUGUACCAGCAUCAUUCAGGCAUAAACCCAGUGCGGAUACCAGUCUGUUACAACACAUCAGCUAUACCAGCAUGGACAUUUGAUUGAAUAAACUUAAAUUUUAAAAAGGAA